UGGAAAGGCCAAUGUUAUCAUCUUCUGGAGUGGAAUCUUCUGCUUGUCUAAGAGUGCUUUUCCACCAUGAGUGGGUGUCCAUUUUUUGGAAAUAAUUUGGGAUAUGUGUCUCAGAAAUUAUCGGUAGAAGGCAGUGAAGGAGACAAUUCACAAGCCGGUGUGAACAAAGCCAGCAAAGGAGGGCUUAUCUAUGGCAACUACCUCCAUUUGGAAAAAGUUUUGAAUGCACAGGAACUUCAAAGUGAACUUAAAGGAAAAAAAAUUCACGAUGAACAUCUUUUUAUUAUAACUCAUCAAGCAUAUGAACUCUGGUUUAAGCAAAUACUCUGGGAAUUAGAUUCUGUUCGAGAGAUCUUUCAGAAUGGUCAUGUCAAAGAUGAAAGGAAUAUGCUUAAGGUUGUUGCUCGGAUGCACCGAGUCUCUGUCAUCCUCAAACUCCUAGAACAGCAGUUCGCCGUGCUAGAGACGAUGACACCCUUGGAUUUCAAUGACUUCAGAGAUUACUUAGCUCCAGCAUCAGGCUUCCAGAGUCUGCAAUUCCGACUCUUGGAAAACAAGAUAGGUGUGCUCCAGAGCCUGAGAGUGCCGUACAAUAGAAGACACUAUCGAGAUAACUUCAGAGGAGAAGACAAUGAGCUGCUACUCAAGUCUGAGCAGGAGAAAACACUUCUGCAACUAGUGGAGGCUUGGCUGGAAAGAACACCCGGUUUAGAGCCACAUGGAUUUAACUUCUGGGGAAAAUUGGAAAAGAACAUUGUCAAAGGUCUGGAAGAAGAAUUCACAAGGAUUCAGGCUAAUGAGGAAUCAGAGGAAAAAGAGGAGCAAAUGGCUGAAUUUCAGAAACAUAAAGAGGUAUUACUGUCCUUAUUUGAUGAGAAACGACAUGAACACCUUCUGAGUAAAGGUGAGAGACGAUUAUCCUACAGAGCUCUUCAAGGGGCCUUGAUGAUAUAUUUUUACAGGGAAGAGCCUCGGUUCCAGGUCCCCUUCCAGUUGCUGACGUCUCUUAUGGACAUAGAUUCGCUCAUGACCAAAUGGAGAUAUAACCAUGUGUGCAUGGUGCACAGGAUGCUGGGCAGCAAAUCCGGCACCGGCGGGUCCUCGGGCUAUCAGUACCUGCGCUCCACAGUGAGUGACAGGUACAAGGUAUUUGUAGAUUUAUUUAACCUUUCAACAUAUCUGGUUCCCCGGCACUGGAUACCGAAGAUGAAUCCAAUCAUUCAUAAAUUUCUUUAUACGGCAGAAUAUUGUGACAGCUCAUACUUCAGCAGUGAUGAAUCAGAUUAAAUCACCUGCAAAAAUCUAUGAAGAACAUCGAUUUCCCAGUCUAUUUUUUUAGAUUUCUAUGCAUUUUCAUAAACACAGAGAAAAACACUAAUGUACUGUAUGUAUAUACAUGAAUACCAUGAUUCUCUAAUUCAAUUCUGGAAAUAGUUGUAUUACCUAAUUUUUGUGAUGAUUAAAAUUAACCAUU